AAUCUCAAAGUGUUGGCACUUUUAUUUUGAAAUCCAUAACACUUCCGGGACAGCGAAAUUCGACUUGUGGCACUGAAAUGUUACGUUGUAGUUGAAUUGUCUCAGAUAAAAGUUUACCGUGAGUUUUGACAAUACUUUAACCUUAUUAGUUUUAGACAAGACGUGACAAUGUCUCAAGAUUGGAUAGGUUAUAGCUACGCUGCAUUAGUCUCGGCAGGAGGAAUCAUGGGCUAUGUAAAAGCAGGAAGCGUAACUUCACUGGUUGCAGGACUUUUCUUUGGGUUUUUAGCUGGAGUUGGUGCCUUCCUGAUGUCUCAGAAUCCUAAAGAUGCCAGGCUUUCUCUAGGUACAUCAGGAACACUGGCCAUUGUCAUGGGAAUGAGGUUUGUAAAUUCCUGGAAGUUCAUGCCAGCUGGUCUGAUGACAAUAGUAAGUGUACUGAUGCUGGGGAAGACUGCAGUGGAAAUGUUCAGGAGACCACAUGAUUCAUAAAUGUGAAGAAUAUAGGAAUUUCACCGUUUUUUUUUAUAUUCAAUGUUUGUGGUUUAUAUACACAGUUAUUUGAUAUCUGAAUUUAUAUCAUUAUCAUUGCAAAGAAACAUGUACAAUUGAAACCUUUCAAGACAAGCAUAUAAUGAAUGAAAAUAUCGAUAUUUAGCUACGUUUGUCUAAUUUGAAGCUUACAUGUACGGCCGAAGAAGGCUUUACUAUCUUUCUGUGAAUGUUAUAGCGUUGUAAAUAAUUUAUAAAGAUGACACACAAAAAAAAAGAUUUAACAUUUAACACAUACAUGACAAUAAAUCUAAAUCAGAGCGAUGUCCUCAUGACAGCUAGGAAAACAUUGAUAAGGACUUCUUAUCAUGUUUAGAUGUUGAACAAAUGUUCAGACUGUACCACCCCACCCAAAAAAUAUUUGAUAUACGGACAAAUGUUAUCUUCCAGAAAUAAGGUAUGGAUAUGUUGAACUCAUUGGCUGAGUUAGAAAUAAAAUUAUAAUUUUAUAUUGGUAAACAACUCACUCAAUCUAGUUGUUGUUGAAUAAAGAACUCACUCUAGAAUAACAAACAUGUAAUGAAGGUCAUGCUGAAUUAUUGUACAGUACACUGACUGGAACGAUGCUAGCUAGCUACAUGUUGAUCCAUCACAUGGUGUAGUACACAGAGGCUGUGACUGGAACGAUGCUAGCUACACUAUAAUGGGCUCAGCCAUACGACUAAGAAGAGUAUGUAUGUAGAAUGUGUCUCAAAUGGCACCCUAUUCCCUACAUAGUGCACUACUUUUGACCAACACUUUACAUGUUGCAUUUAUAUUUUGUUUUCCUUUUCUUUCUUUGCUGUUGUAUCUCUCUCUGAGAGUAUGGGUCGCUCAAACUAACACCUCUCUGAGAAUAUGGGUCGCUCGUACUGUCACCACUCUGAGAAUAUGGGUCGCUCGUACUAACACCUCUCUGAGAGUAUGGGUCGCUCGUACUGUCACCACUCUGAGAGUAUGGGUCGCUCGUACUGUCACCACUCUGAGAGUAUGGGUCGCUCGUACUAACACCACUCUGAGAGUAUGGGUCGCUCGUACUAACACCACUGAGAGUAUGGGUCGCUCGUACUAACACCUCUCAUAGAGUAUGGGUUGCUCGUACUAACACCUCUCUGAGAGUAUGGGUCGCUCGCACUAACACCUCUCUGAGAGUAUGGGUCGCUCGCACUAACACCUCUCUGAGAGUAUGGGUCGCUCGCACUAACACCUCUCUGAGAGUAUGGGUCGCUCGCACUAACACCUCUCUGAGAGUAUGGGUCGCUCGUACUGUCACCACUCUGAGAGUAUGGGUCGCUCGUACUAACACCUCUCUGAGAGUAUGGGUCGCUCGCACUAACACCUCUGAGAGUAUGGGUCGCUCGCACUAACACCUCUCUGAGAGUAUGGGUCGCUCGCACUAACACCUCUCUGAGAGUAUGGGUCGCUCGCACUAACACCUCUCUGAGAGUAUGGGUCGCUCGCACUAACACCUCUCUGAGAGUAUGGGUCGCUCGCACUAACACCUCUCUGAGAGUAUGGGUCGCUCGCACUAACACCUCUGAGAGUAUGGGUCGCUCGCACUAACACCUCUCUGAGAGUAUGGGUCGCUCGUACUAACACCUCUCUGAGAGUAUGGGUCCUUUGUACUAACACCUCUCUGAGAGUAUGGGUCCUUUGUACUAACACCUCUCUGAGAGUAUGGGUCCUUUGUACUAACACCUCUCUGAGAGUAUGGGUCCUUUGUACUAACACCUCUCUGAGAGUAUGGGUCCUUCGUACUAACACUUCUCUGAGGGUAUGGGUCCUUCACACUAACACCUCUCUGAGAGUAUGGGUCCUUUGUACUAACACCUCUCUGAGAGUAUGGGUCCUUCACACUAACACCUCUCUGAGAGUAUGGGUCCUUUGUACUAACACCUCUCUGAGAGUAUGGGUCCUUCGCACUAACACUUCUCUGAGGGUAUGGGUCCUUCGUACUAACACCUCUUUGAGAGUAUGGGUCCUUCGUACUAACACCUCUCAGAGAGUAUGGGUCGCUCGUACUAACACCUCUCAGAGAGUAUGGGUCCUUCGUACUAACACUUCAUUCUUUAUGUGCACGCGUUUUGUUCUAGUAGAAAUGCAGCUAUAAUAUGUCCUGUUCUAUCUAGCAUUGGUAUUUCUAUAUGAUGUGAAAUCUAGUGGCCCUUUGUGGGAACUUUAGAUUAUCACGGGUGUCUGCCAUUACCCCUGAUUGCGUGUGGCUCAGUUGGUAAAGCAUGGUGUUUGCAACACCAGGGUUGUGGGUUCGAUUCCCACCGGGGACCAGUACGAAGAAAAUGAAAUGAAAUAUAUGCAUUCACUACUGUAAGUCGCUCUGGAUAAGAGUGUCUGUUAAAUGACUAAAAUGUAAAAAAUGUGACUUUAUACCGGUAGGCUCUGAUUAAGGUCGACUGACUGAAAGCUGAGCCACAAUUAAAGAAAUGUGCAGAGACUA